ACGUGAUCACAUUGCAAAAGGUGGAGUUAACCAGGCACCAUAUUCAAAGGCUCGAACGCAGGAGGCCUCGUGUUUCCCUCGGGUUCGGAAACAGACCGAGAGUGGCACAUGCUAGGCUCCUGACUUUACCCUUGACAUCGACAAAGGAUCAUCGCAUCGGGUUCUACAGGCAACAACCAAAGGCCGCUGGUUGUCGCGGAAAUGCGGUAUCGACCAUCAGAUAGCGAUUCGUCCCAUGAGAUUGUAGCCGUUCAAGCCCCCGUGGCUCGCAGACACAGACACCCCCGAGCACCGACGACAGUCCAAAUCGUGAAUGAUGACUUUGAUGCCGUGACCCAGGACGUAGAAUUCGAGACUGCGUCGGAGAUGCGGUAUGAUGGUGUCACGCAGGUGCAUGUCCACAAGGAGGAGUUGGGAGAUGGGGCCGCACGAUAUAGUGGUGUGUAUGGGGUUUAUGGGGAGUGGGCGGAGAAACACGAGGUCGACUAUGGACGGGCUCCCGAUCUGCAACAAGAAGAAUACCUUUAUGCCGAGGAACUUGCGAGGCGUGUUCUUGAUGCGGGGCUGAACGAUCAAGAGAGCGUACGUUCAUCAGACAAGCGGCAACAGAAUGCCGUUACUAUCAAGCGCCGUGGGUCAGAGGCAAAAUCGAAAGACAUCGAACGCGGAGCGAAGGUCUCGAUGUGGAGAGAAGCUGUUGCUAGGAACGAGAAGGAUGAAUUCGGGAACGUGGUUGGAAAUAAUGGCGAUGAUACUGCCCAACAGAUCCAACAGUGGCGAAGCAAGUCGCCGCCAGUUCCCAGAGAUAUAGAGCACCUGAAAUCAGGACUCAGAAGAAGCCGCUCGAGUGUUUCUCAGACAUAUCGCUCGGAGAGACUAUACACACCUUCCGAUCUCAACGCAAACUGGCCCCCUGAUGGGAAGAAAGCAAAACGUGAUAAACGAGGUACUCCUCCAAGCCCAACACGUUCUGAACGGAUAUACACGAUGGCUGAGCUGAAAGCACUAUCCAAGCAUGCCAGAACCUCACCACUACAAGCGCAGCCAGUCACCUUUUCGCAAGAGCCAGCGCCGACGAGGAGUACAAAUAGCAACAGCAACUCACCUCCACGCAGCCUUCCUAGUAGAAGCUGGCCUUCUGCGCCCGUCAUGGGCGUUCGUUCAACCUCCACAUCAUCGGUUGAGAUGGUGCUUGCGUCCUGCGAACCGACAUUGCUUCAUAUAGCGCCUGUACUUGCUAGUCUCGGCAUUCGGCGCGAGGAGCACCUACGUGCAUUUGCUCGAUUGCGAGAAGAAACGAGAGACAGGGAGAUGAAGGAGGAGGUGUUGAAGAAAGGGGUGACUGUGCUUGAGUGGGCAAUAUUGAUGGACAAACUUCAGUCAUUUUGAUGUUACUAGCUUGGUCUUACAGUUACUUGCGACACCGUACUCGAUGGCGAUCCUUC